AUGGCAAGGGUGGAUCAGCGGUUGGAUCAAGUGGUCGAUCAGUUGACUGACCGGAUGGCCGACUUGAUCAAUCGUAGGAGGCAGAGACCCAAUGACGGGUAUGGUUCUGAACUUAGUAACCCAUUUGGUGAUGAUUCGACUUCCGAAGACGAACAGGAGGGGCAACCAAGGGGUGAACGUGGAGGGGGUAACAGGCGUUGGGAUUCUGGGAUAAGAUUUGAUAUUCCGGAAUUUGAUGGGUCUAGUUUGAAUCCGGAGGGGUUCAUCGAUUGGUUGGCUACCGUAGAGGAGGUGUUCGAGUACAAGGAGGGGGCUAAAUCGGUUGAUGAUUAUACCACAGAGUUUUACCAGUUGAUUGCGAGGAAUGAUAUUCAAGAACCGGAGGAGCAACUUGUUUCUCGGUAUAUUGGGGGUCUAAGGGUUCAAAUCAUGGAGGCCGUGAAUCUUUUUGAUCCGUUAACCAUUCCUGAGGCACACCAACGGGCGUUGGCCUUUGAGAAGCAAAACCGUCGGGUGGGCGGUUCAUUUACCCCUGCUGGGGGAAACGUUGGGUCAGGCAGUGGGGCACCUCGUGGUGGACCUAGUCAACAGAAGCCGGGGGGUAGCAAUACCGGGCCUACUUCGAAGGGGGCUAGUAGUAGUGGUCCAAGAUGUUUCAAUUGUGGUGAGACGGGCCAUCGUCAAGCGGAGUGUAAAAGGGCUGGCAAAAGGCACUUGUUUGCUGAGUCUGAGGACGAACAAUAUGAAGAGUAUGAAAACAAUCCAGUGUACGAUGAAGAAACUGAGUACGAAGAAGAGGUUGUGACCGGUGAUGUUGGGGUGAACUUGGUGGUUAGACGUUCUUGCUAUACACCAAAGGCAGAUGGAGAUGACUGGCUGAAGCAUAACAUCUUCCACUCAACAUGUACUAUUUUGGGGAAGGUUUGCACGUUUGUCAUUGACUCGGGGAGUUGUGACAAUUUGAUUUCUGAAGAGGCGGUUCAAAAGUUGGCCUUGAAGACGGAGAGUCACCCGAAACCUUAUAAGCUUCAAUGGCUUAAAAAGGGAGGUGAAGUGACGGUAUCUAAAAGGGCACUUGUUUCAAUUUCCAUUGGGUCCACGUAUAAGGAUGAUGUUGUGUGUGAUGUGGUCCCUAUGGACGCAUGUCACUUAUUGUUGGGCAGACCUUGGGAGUACGAGCGUAAUAUAGAACAUAAUGGGCGGGCCAAUACUUAUAGCUUUCUGUUUGGUGGUGUGAAGAUCAUUCUUGUUCCUAGGAAGCCUAAGCAGUUAGCCACAAAACAGUCGGGUACUCUGUUGACCAUUAGUCAGUUCCAGGAUGAGUUGGAGGAAGCAGACAAUGUUUUUAUUCUAAUUGGGAAGCCGGUGCCCGAGGAAGUCGAAAUUCCUGAUUGUAUGGUUCCGUUGUUUGAGGAGUUUGUUGAUGUUUUCCCAGAUGAUUUACCUGCCGGGUUACCACCCCUACGAGACAUCCAACAUCACAUUGAUUUGGAACCGGGGUCCCAACUACCCAAUAAGCCCAAUUACAGGAUGAGCCCAAAAGAACAUGAGGAAUUACGUCGGCAGGUUGAAGACUUAAUAUCUAAAGGGUAUGUUCGGGAAAGCAUGAGUCCUUGUGUUGUUCCUGCUCUGUUGACUCCAAAGAAGGAUGGGACAUGGCGUAUGUGUGUUGACAUUCGUGCAGUCAACAAGAUCACUGUAAGGUACCGAUUUCCGAUUCCCCGAGUUGAUGAUUUACUUGAUCAAAUUAGCGGUGCCACUAUUUUCACGAAACUAGACUUGAAGAGUGGGUAUUACCAGAUCCGACUCAGGCCUGGGGAUGAGUGGAAAACCGCCUUCAAGACUCGUGAGGGGUUGUAUGAAUGGUUAGUGAUGCCUUUUGGCUUGUCCAAUGCCCCUAGUACGUUUAUGCGGGUCAUGAACCAGUUGUUUAGGCCCUUUAUUGGCAAGUUUGUGGUGGUUUAUUUUGAUGAUGUUCUUAUUUAUAGCCCUAAUUUUGAUGAGCAUGUGAAGCAUGUACGGCAGGUUUUGACCUUGCUCCGAAGGGAUAACUUGUAUGCAGCCAAAAAGAAGUGUGUCUUUAUGGUCCCUAAGGUCCUGUUUUUGGGGUAUGUUGUUUCUGGUGACGGAAUACAGGUGGAUGAAUCAAAGAUAGCGGUUGUUAAGCAGUGGCCAACCCGCCUACACUAA